AUGAAUGGCGCCAAGGAGCUCAUCCUCUGGGCACACGAAUAUAGCACAUCGCCCUCAGAUGCCAUCUUCAAUUUCGACCUGCUGCCAGGUUUUGAUCCAGAGACCUGUGUUCUCAAGAUAGGCUCUGCCAUCAAUAGUACUGGCUCACCAAAACUGCGUCCGAGGCAUGCGGCUCCACAAGCAAAGACGGUGGUCGUGUCACCUGUCCCUACUAGUGCUGAAAUCAAGCGCAAGACGCCCAAUCUGCAAAUUUCACUGUUGGGCGGUCUAACGACUGCUAUUGGAAUCAAUCCUCGGUCCGUUGUCAGUGUCUCCAUUGCAAGAAAGGUAGAUCAUGCCGCCAACUACAUGGUCCUCUACUUUAAGGACCAGUACAUUUCCCGAUCAGACAUGUGGCGGGCGGCCUGCAAUCUUGUCGGAGACUGCAUCCAUGUCGGCAAACGCAUUACCUUUACCGGUGGCAUUCGUGCAGAAGUGCGGGAGAUUUGGCAAAAGAAUAAGAAGGUCUUCUCCGCCUAUGUGAGCGCCUCUACGAAGCCCGUCUUUCGUUCAGAGAGUGCUCGCUACCUCAUCUUCAUUCAGAUGUCUAAGGAGAUGUGGGAUUUCGAGGAGGAUGGUGAGUUGUUCUACAACAAGGCCGUCGAUGGCUUCCUCCCUGAACUCUUCAAACGCUGGAAAUCCAUCAAUGCACACCAUUUGGUGAGCAUUAUCUUAUUCACGCGCGUGACAUACAAAGGCGUCGCGGGGCCAUUUUGUCUCGUCCCAGGAAUCGAAGAUAGGCGUCGAUCAAGCACAGGCAGCUCGUCAGAUGUCGGUCUUUACAAUGACUUUUACAAAGUUGUGGUCGACAACGUCUCUAGCAAUAAUUGGGAAUCCACCCUCACAGAACUGAAGCGCGAGCUGCACGGAUUCCAGCGAGAUGUCAUGCUGCAAAAGAUGCGUGGCCCGAGUAGCGACGGUGGCGACAUUAUCUCUGGUAGUCUGACGAAUGCUAUGGAGGGCAACUUGCUCGAAGCAAUCAACCUAGCAGCGCAUCAAUUUCACCGGGAUUAUAUUGACCGAGAUUUGCUGAGAACUGGCACCAGCAUGAUCUUUGUGACGCCUGGUAGCGGGCAAUUCCAGGUGGACCUCAACCUCCUCAAGCUCACCAGCGAGUGCCUGCUUGGCAAUGGAAUUGGCAUCGACAUCGUUUGUUUGAGUAAACGACCGCUGCAUGUCACACCCUUAUUUCGCUACCGCAAGACAAGAAAUUCUGAUCGCGACGAGAAUGGAGUGGAUCCACUGCAGGAUUUCGAAUUCAUCUUGCCGUACAUCUGUGAGAUGAGUUUCUACGGUGAUUCAGCCUCCUUGGACUCUGCAGCAGCAGACACAAAGUUUCAGUCGCGCUGCAAAAUGCAGGAAGUUAAGAGUAUGGGCAUGUUGCAAACAGGCUACAGCAGUAUCUCCAUACAGCCACUUCUCGAAGAGCCAAUCUUUCAACUUGCCCAACCCACGGCUGUUGCUGGUCUGAGUGAACGCGAGAGAAAUCUCUACGACGAACUACAAUUUGUUUCGCUCGAUAAACGGAAGGAAUUGCUUGAAGAGUAUCAGAAGGACGUUGCAGAUGAUUCACCCCGAACAGCCGAACAAACAGGUGAAGCCCUUCUUGGAACCAGCGUACCCUCACCGGUCGGUCAAAGUUUCAAGGGUCUCUACGAGCUUUCAAGAGGCUUCCAGGCGGCACCCAAACAACGAUACACUGGACCAUCGCCAGUUUCAAGUCCAGGGUCCUCCUUCUCACGAUGGAAUUCGCACGAGACCAGUCCCAGGCAGCUCACCGAUCGUGCUUCCGCUGUACAAUCACCUGAACGACCCAUACUCAAGAGACCUGUGCACAACAAGUCACUCAUGGCAAGACCUCCGCUUGUCCGGCAAUUCUCAAGCAAGACGCGUAUGCCGCCUGGUAUGCUCUCGUUGAAAGCACAACCUAGUAUUGGGUCGAUGUCAAGUGCUGUCGCUGCUGCUGCAGGCGUGACGGUCGAUCAUUCUCCUGGUCCGUUGGUCACAAAGGGCUUUUCACCCAUGCUCAAGAGCGCUCCUCAGAUGCCAAUUCUCAUUUCAUCGCCUGCACGAGAACUCUUUGGCGAGGCUCAUGCGAUUCCAAUACAAACAAUCAAGGAACGCCGACAAUCCUCGGUGUCCUCUGUGGUGCGACCUUCUUUUGGUGGGAAGAAAUUAUUGGCUCCCUUGAACUUGGUUGACAAACAAGCGCAAAGCGUAUCUCGGUCACUUCAAUCCUCUUCCAGACGUCGUUCAGCUGCAAAGAUGCAGAUGUCAGCUUCGGCUCGCGCGCCAAUGGACGACUCGCACAACCAAGAAGCUGUUCCCUGGCAUGUCCUGGUGAAUCCUUGCUACCCUGCCAAGAACCCGGAUACGUGGAAUGCACGAUCAUGGCGAUGGGCACACAUCUCCAGUCGAGCCAGACGUGUGGGUGGUAUAAAUUGGGAAUCCCUCUGUGCGCCGGCUGCUCUACCUCUCUCGACCAGUGCGCCAGUGGACCUCAAGGAGCUUGAAACGACCAAGUAUUCCGAAAAUUCAUACAGCAUCUACGUCAAUCCGGAUGAACACCCGCUGACACAAAGUCAGUUGCUUCAGGAGAUGGUCAGUCUGCGACUGGGUCAAGGCUUCCAACUCGCUAAAGUCUCCCAUGACAAGGCACUGCGCAUGCUCUCGAGCAACACUGUCACAACUAACGAGCUGCGUACGGGUCCACUGGGCGAUCUAGGUGGCACCAUCUACGUCACGCAUGGCGAGAUGGAGAUUCAUCGGUUGACUCCAGACGCGUCUGGGCAUUUGAUUGAAGUCACGCGCUACGUUCGACAACGAGAAAACAUCAAAGCCAUCCACUACAAAAGUCUCAUUUGGCAACUCGCGCAGGAUGAAGGCUACGAUGAGAGUCAUGUCACUUUCAGGCCAGUGAUAUGGAAUCACAAUUGGAGUUAUGUGGAUCAAGUCAUUUCUGGUGCUGAAAAGAAGUUAUCUGAUUCAGUGCGCUAUUGGCGAGCACGUCUCUUGUUCUUGCCAAGUGACAUUGCUCGUGAUAAGCGUCCAUUGCCGCCCAUCGCUGGCGGAUCUGAGCAGUUCACUGAUGAAGAAGUUCGUGUUGCUGGAAUUGCCAAGAUUUGCGAACUUAUUGAGCGGGCAGUGUAUGUAACGCCAGCUGAGCAAAAACGGCAAGCCAAACAUCCUGGGACGGGAGGCAAAUCUCAGCUGGGCGUCACAUUCACGACAUUGAGUCAUGCGGAGUACGUCGCUUUGGAAGCAAAACAACAAACUAUUGCGGAAGAGCCUCCAAAAUUACCUGCGUCGUCCAAGACUUUGCAAUCUAGCGAAAUUUCGUUGCAUGAUCUCUCGAGUGAGCUUCAGAGCAAUAGAGGUGUCGCCUUCAAGGAUAGGCUGUGGCAUUGGAGAUGGCACGAGAACAGCUUUGUGGGCAGUGAACUUGUCAGCUGGCUACUUGACCGGACAGAGCUGACCUCGCGUGAGGAGGCACGGCAAUUUGCUGAGACCCUCAUGGAUCGUGGACUGUUUGAACAUGUUCAGAAAAAGCAUAGUCUGCUGGAUGGCUUCUAUUUAUACCGUUUGAAGCCAGAAUAUAGCUCCAAGACGCAAAAGACGUGGUUCGGCACGCGCAAAGUGACUCCGAGUGUUGGCAUGAGCUCACGCGCGCGAGCAUCCAGCAAUGUCUCGUCAUCGGCAGCGGCAUCGCCGGUACUUCGUCCCCAUGACGCCCAGCAUCAAUUUGAAUUGUCCAGAUGGUUGCGAAUCGAUGUCGACCCACACAGAAAGUCUUACAGGCCUGAGUUUGCAAGUUUGCACUGUGAUGCGCUUUACAGUCCGGAGAAUGCCUUCCAUGUUCGGCUCGAGUGGAUUGCCAUUACAGCAAAGCUUGUUGAAGAAUUGGUGCAGCAAUGGUCUCGGACUGCCGAAAAAUAUGGUCUUACGCUGAUUGAGGCGCCUGUGGAUGAGGCUUCGGCUGUGACGAGAUCCAAUCCAUUCAGAGCUCCACUGGUCAUCAAGUUGGCGGAGGAACCGCCUAGACACAAUGAUGCCGUCAACGAACCAGCUAUUCACACACCCAAGCCACAGUUGCCACCAACUCCGCUGCUUGUGCCAGGUUUGAGUCAAGAGAGCUCGCAAAGCGACAGUACUGUGAUGCCAGAUGUACCCUCUCUGUGCGCAGAGCGGGAAGUCUGGCUUGAACGUAUUCUAAGACAUUGGGGCUUUGUGCUCGACCAAGAAGCUGCAUCCAAGUUCCCGCGGCAUCUUCAGGUAACAUACUCUUGGGGUCCUCCAGCAUUCAAGUAUACACAGUACAUUCACAAAUCAGGCAUGGCUUUGUGUCAAAUUUCGGAGGAUGGUUUCUUGUGGUUGACCAACAGGCUGUAUGUGUCUCGGGCCAAUACCUCUACAGGAGAACCACGAGGCGAUCGGGAAAAGUCUACUGGUUCUGCAAGUCACUCGACCCUGACCCAAUUGCCUGCUCCGACACGAGUCAGUAGUACCCUGUCGUCAUCAGAACCAGAUGCACUGCGCAAUGCAUUUCUCUUGUGGUGUCAGGACAAGGCCAAGCUACAAGCCUUCUACGAGGAGACGCUAGAAAGAUUAGCGAGUGAAGCUGCGCAGAAGGGCGCCACGGCUCAAGCUGCGACACAAGGCAGGACUAGCUCGACCUCAACAGACAAGGCGAAUGGUUCCAUCAUGUCGAGCAAGCGUGAUUCACCAACAAUCUCCGCCACGGAGAAGGCAGGGAGUGUCAAGAGUGUGAUAUUGUCGUGA